CCAUCAUCUGCAAGACAUCAACAAUUCUGCUCGAGGUCCACCCAAAAUGUCGAACGCGACCAGAACACAACAACACAAGGCUAUCAUCCAAGAAUACGUCUCGCAGAACCAGGACAUAUCUAUCCAGGUGCCCAUCAUAGGUCAUAGCUGGAGCAGUUGUCGCAGCAUCUUGCACAGGCUUGCCUUUCAACACGACUACUGGUAUGAUGAUCCCACGACAACUGCGAAGAGACAAAAAGUAUCGAGGUUGAGGGUCAUCGUGUUACUCUGAUCCUUUGGGUGUACGAGGGCAACAAUCACGCUUUCAUGGCCGAAGUACUCCGAAAAAGAAAUAUCUUUCUGCUCGCAUAUGACGUCACCGACAGGAAUACUUUCGAUUAUAUCAAGAAGUUCCAUCCUGAGGUCUUUGGAGCUGAUCAGGACGGUAAGCCCAUCUUGGUGUGCGCUGGCAAGUCCGAACGCCCGGAGGAGGACUGGGCUGUAUCGGCACAAGAGGCCGAGGAGUUUAGCACGACUAUCGGAGCUCGGUUCAUGAAGUACUCAGGCCGGACUGGAUACGGGCUAGACGAUGAUUUUGCACGUCAUAUUGCCGCAAAUGCGUUGCUGGACUUGGCCGGGGUCAACUAUCGGGGGCCUAACAAGAUAUUGCAGGUGAGAUCUGUCCCCAAACGGUGGCGUCUUCAUUUGGGUGCCAUAUGCGAGAAAGUACGAAACUGUUUUCGGAACCCUUCCAAAUAGUUUACUGUCUUUGCUUUUGAACG